AUGGAACAUAAAUUAUUGAAACCACAAGUACAAAAGCGCAAACAACAACAACGACAUUCAUGGCUCCAAAAACCAACACAAAAAGCUGUUGAACAACAGUCAACAAAACAAUCUUCAGUUUUAGGUACUACAAACGACAUUUCAUCUGAUCCGAUUGCACAGAAACCUCGAAUGCCCUCCAAACAAACAACGUAUUUAUUCACUGGGCCAAAUUUAAAAUCUUCACUGGGUGGUAGGAGUGGCACUUUACCUUUACUUUACUAG